AUGGCGAAGGACAAUGAGGCGUCCAAGCCCGCUGCCGACAAGGGCAAGGCCAAGGCCGUCGACGCAAAAACUCAAGACGCGGCCAAGGAAAAGGAUGGCAAGCCAGUCGCCAAUGGAAAGAAAGACGACAAGAACGACGACAAGCCAGACACCGAGGAGCUCAGCGAAGAGGACCAGCAGCUGAAAAACGAGCUCGACAUGCUCGUUGAGCGACUGGGAGAAUCCGAUACGACGCUCUACAAGCCAGCACUCGAGGCCAUGAAGGACUUCAUCAAGACGUCGACGUCCUCCAUGACCGCCGUACCAAAGCCACUCAAGUUCCUGCGCCCACACUACGAAACGAUGACCAAGCUCUACGAUGAGUGGGCAGCAGGUGACGACAAAACAUCGCUAGCCGACGUCCUGUCUGUCAUUGGCAUGACCUUCUCCGACGAGGACCGCCAAGACACGCUCAAGUACCGCCUGCUCGCCCCGACACAAGACAUCGGCUCAUGGGGCCACGAAUAUGUCCGCCACCUGGCCCUUGAGAUCGGCGAGGUAUAUGGCCGCCGGAUAACGGCCGAGGAGCCCACCAAGGACCUGGUCGAUCUGGCCCUGAUCCUCGUGCCCCAGUUCCUCAAGAGCAACGCCGAGGCCGACGCGGUCGACCUGAUGAGCGAGCUCGAAAUCAUCGAGGUCCUGCCGCAGUACGUCGACAAAGACACCUACGCUCGCGUCUGCCUCUACAUGGUCUCCAUGGUCAAUCUCCUGACCUACCCGGACAACGAGCAGUUCUUGCGCGUCGCCCACGACAUCUACAAGGAGUACGACCAGUACACCCAGGCCAUGGUCUUGGCCAUCCGCCUCAACGACAUGGACAUGAUCAAGGCCGACUUUGAGCAGGCCGAGGACCCCGCCCUCAAGAAGCAACUCGCUUUCUUGAUCGCCCGCCAGCGUAUCUGGCUCGACACCCCCGAGAUCGACGAUAUGGACAUCAACGAGUGCCUCUGCAACAUCCGGUUAUCCGAGCACUUCAAGCUGCUCGGCAAGGAGCUCAACAUUCUCGACCCCAAGUCCACCGAGGACAUCUACAAGAGCCACCUCGAGAGCAACCGUGUGUCCAGCAUGACAAACAUCGACUCGGCGCGCCAGAACCUUGCCGCUGCCUUUGUCAACGCACUUACCAACGCCGGCUUCGGCAAGGACAACAUGAUGCUCGUCGAGCAGGACAAGGAGAGCUGGGUCUGGAAGACCAAGGAGGAGGGCAUGAUGUCCACCGUAGCCUCGCUCGGCACCCUGAUGCUGUGGGACAUUGAGAACGGCCUCGACAAGAUUGACAAGUACACCUAUGUCGAGGAGGAGCAGAUUCAGGCUGGCGCCAUGCUUGCUAUCGGCAUCAUGAGCUCAGGCGUGCGUCUCGACUCGGAGCCCGCCUACGCCCUGCUGGCCGACCCAGAGAAGCUUGAGCACAAGAACCCGCUGAUUCGCACCGCUUCCAUCAUGGGCCUUGGCCUGGCCUACGCCGGCUCAAACAAGGAGGAUCUGCUCGAGCGGCUGCUGCCCAUGAUCAACGACGCCUCGCAGGACAUGCAGACGUCCGCCAUGGCCGCCCUGGCCUGCGGCCUCAUCUUUGUCGGCUCGUCCAACGCCGAGGUCAGCGAGGCCAUUGUCACGACUCUUCUCGACGACGACCGCAAGCGCCAGCUGACUGACAAGUGGACGCGCUUCCUGGCCCUCGGCCUAGGUCUGCUCUUCUUUGGCCGCCAGGAGGAGGUCGACGUCAUCCUGGAGACGCUCAAGGCCGUUGACCACCCGGUUGCCAAGCCGACGGGCGUCCUCGCGGCGACGUGCGCCUGGGCCGGCACGGGUGCCGUGCUCAAGAUCCAGGAACUGCUGCACCUGUGCAACGAGCAUAUCGAGGACUCGGACGAGAAGAAGGGCGACGAGCUGCUGCAGUCGUACGCCGUGCUCGGUAUUGGCCUCAUUGCCAUGGGCGAGGACGUCGGCCAGGAGAUGGUUCUGCGCCACUUUGGCCACCUGAUGCACUACGGCGAGCCGAACAUCCGCCGCGCGGUUCCGCUGGCCAUGGGCCUCGUCAGCCCAAGCAACCCACAGAUGAAGGUCUAUGACACGCUCUCCCGCUACUCCCAUGACAACGACAACGAGGUCGCCCUCAACGCCAUCUUUGCCAUGGGCCUGCUGGGCGCCGGCACCAACAACGCGCGCCUGGCCCAGCUGCUGCGCCAGCUCGCCAGCUACUACCAUCGCGACCAAGAGUCUCUGUUCAUGGUGCGCAUUGCCCAGGGCCUGCUGCACAUGGGCAAGGGCACCCUGUCGCUGAGCCCCUUCCACACCGACCGCCAGAUCCUGUCGCGUGUUUCCGCUGCCGGUCUGCUGGCCGUGCUCGUUGCCAUGCUCGACGCCAAGCAGUUCAUCACCUCCAGCUCGCAUUACCUGCUUUACUUCCUCGUCACCGCCAUGCACCCUCGCUUCCUCGUCACGCUCGACGAGGACCUCAAGCCGCUGACUGUCAACGUCCGUGUUGGUCAGGCCGUCGAUGUGGUCGGCCAGGCCGGCCGGCCCAAGACGAUCACGGGCUGGCAGACACAGAGCACACCUGUUCUACUAGCAUAUGGAGAGCGCGCCGAGCUAGAGGACGAGCAGUACAUUAGCCUCAGCAGUACCCUAGAGGGACUUGUCAUUCUGAAAAAGAACCCGGACUGGGAGAGCGACAAAUAG